AUGAUUACAUAUCACGGCUGUAUUGAAAAUAAUAUCAUGGCAGUUUGCGAGGAUGCUGAUGGACUUAGGAUCAUUCUUAGUAUCAUGAUUCGAAAGGAAGGCAGCACAUUAGGCAGAACUUGUAUGGUAUAUGUAAGCCUGGAAAAUCAUCAAAUGUUCAGGAAAAGGGCAGUGGGAAAAUCUCAUUAUCUGUUCCAGUGUUCCAGUGAGCUGAAUGAGAAACAUAAACGAAUUCUCACUAUUGUCGGUACACUGCGGGGUCGGCGAACUACAUUCCAGUUUUCGAGAGGCUCUUGCAUUACUACUUGCAGAGAUACAGCUACACUUUGUCUCGUUAUGUUUUGGGAAAAUUCCUAUCCGAGAGAAAAUCUUGAUAGAGUUGAAUUUUGCAUGACCCUAUCGAGCGCCCUCCUGUUAAACGUUUGCCCAAUAGCAACAUAUCAC